AUGUCCACAUCCCCGUCCGCCUCCAUAUCUUGUCAACCCCCCUGGGCCCGCUAUCGAAUUGGGCGCGGCGAAACCGGCGUCCUGACAUUCGAACCCUACAAAUCCGCUCUGCUCCCCCUCUGGCGCUUUCGUACGCCUGGAUUGGCUCGGAAAUCCUCAUCGGACCUUUGGACCGCCUUCCUGGACUACGAGAACGAAGAUGACUUCGUUGGGAUGGACAUGGCGCGUAAGUUCCUACAGAUGGGCAUGACACGCGCGAGGCGGUAUGCCAAUCACAAGGGGGGGAGAAAGUAUUGCCCAGCGGGUGAAGGAAGCGGUGAGGUGCUAAAUGGGAAUGGUGAUGGAUGGAAAGGUUCUGAGGCAUGGAAGGAGAAGGAUGAGGCUUCCAGGGUCUUCAAGGAAGUGUGGGAUAGAGCUAGGGCUCUAAAGGGAUAUCAGGCGAAGAAGGCAGAAUUUCUGAAAAAGCAAAAGGAGUGGGACAAGCAGAGGAAAGUAGAGUCCGGGAAAGAGAGCAGAAAAAGACGAAGCGGGAAGUGA